CCGCUAACAAAUAGAUACAAGAACUGUACGUUCAAAACAAAACAAAGAAAGAUAUGAGAGCUGCUAGUUUUCUAAACAAAAAGUUACCCAUUUUAUCUUUUCUAUUUAAAAACCGCCCCAUAUCAUCUCCGGUGGAGACGGUGGAGUUCCCCCUUAACGUUGCUCUGCGUGAAUUGCAAAAGUCAUGUGAAAACGAAUCUCCGGCGAACCUGACGAUAUCGCCGUUCGGUAUCUCAGUAAUACUCCACAUGAUUGCCCACGGCGCAGCAGGGCCUACCUUAGAUCAACUCCUUCACUUUCUCAACGUAGAAAAGAUUGAAGAUUUGGAUUCAAAGGCCCCAAAGCUAAUGCAGAUCGCCAAAUCUUCCGGCAAUCAUGGAUCGAAUGACGGUCCAGUAAUCUGCAAUUUUAAUGCCGUUCUUGCGAAUAAAAAAUGUACUCUCAAGGAAAGUCACAAAGAAUUUCUGGAAAAUAUGUACCAUGCUAAAGUCAAGUACGUCGAUUUUUCUCGCGGGGCUGCAGGUGUAGAUGAGGUGAAUGAAUGGGUUAUUGAUGAGACCAAAGGGCUUAUAAAACCGCUUCUUCUUAGGAAUGCCUUUGACAAUAAAUAUUUAACCCUUAUCCAUGCGAAUGGGCUUUAUUUCAAAGCAACCUGGGAAAACGAGUUUGAGCCAUCAAAUACACGAACGGAGAAAUUCCACCUUCUUGGGGAAAAAGUGGAUGACCCACCUGUCGUCGAAGUACCAUUCAUGAUGAAAUAUGGAAGCACUUACGCACACGCUUCCUUUGACGACUACAAUGUUCUUAGGAUGCCCUAUAAAUCAGGGCAUGGAGAUAGGAAAUCACGAAGACGUUUCUCCAUGACCAUCAUCCUCCCGAAUGAAAAGGGUGGGUUGCCAAAACUAGCCGACAAAAUGAGACAAAACCCUCAUCUCUUGUCUUGCAAGCACAUGCUAAAUAUGGAGUAUGAGAUGAUUUCUAUCUUACAGGUUCCGAAGUUCACUUUCUCUUAUCGUUUUCUACCAUCAGAGACAAUGAAAGAGUUAGGGCUAACAUUGCCUUUCAAGGAUUUGGAAUUUGACCUUACCGGUAUGGUGGAAGAAAUGCCACUGUUUGUCUCAAGAAUCACACAACAUAGUCAAAUGGAAUGUGAUGAGGCAGGUACAAAAGUGUUGAGUGUAACCUAUGACUCAGAUGAGGAAUGCGGCUUAGGCUUGGAUGAUUCACCGUCGCCACCACCGAUCAACUUUAUAGCCGACCAUCCAUUCAUGUUUGUCAUCAAAGAAGAUGUGUCUGAUACCAUACUAUUUCUUGGUGCAAUAAAUAAUCCUCAACUAGUGGGAUGAAGCUCAAUAUCAUUCCAAUUUUAUCGGAUUUCAUAAUAAAAGCCAUAGCUAUAAUUGUCGGAGUUUGUAGCUCUAGCAUAGAACUAGAUUAUUUCAAUCUCAAUUUAUCAUAGGAGACAAUAACUAUGGGCAUAUAGCCAACAAUUUUAGUCCAAUAUAAUGUUAGUCAAAUUAAUAUGUAUUGUUGUUGUUGUUGUGAUGACGAUUAUAACUGCUUAUUACAGA